CGCCGCCGCCUUCUCCUUUUUUCUCCAACCUCUCCAGCUUCAUCAGCUGUGGUCAAGUCUCUCUUUCCAGCGGACCUCUCGCCGGUCUCCGAUCCAUGCUUCACCAUGGAGCAGCUGGGAAGAAGUGAGAGUGCCAACGCCGAGCAGGCUCUGGAGAGCAAGAACACCAACAGCUUGCAGCGGACGGGGUCCUCGGAGUCCACUGAUUCAGGUUGUGCUUUGGAUUCACCUGGACCUGCAACCUCAAAUGAGAUCAUGGAGGAAACGUUUGAGAAAGCAAUUCUUGAGUCAAGCAGGCUGAACCUCCGGAUACCGUUCAGAAGAAUCCAUUCCCUGCCACAAAGCCUCCUGGGAUCCAGCCCUGCUCUGAAGAGGAACCAUUCUGACUCUCUGGAGAGUGAUUUUAAAUUGCUGGAGCAAGAUGAAAAUAAGGAGAAUGAGUCCUUUGAGUUUAAGAAGCCAACCCAACCAGCUGCUCGUUGCCCUGUGCAUGUAAGGGAGGGAAAAGGUGCUCCUGGGCCAAGGCAGAAUUCAUCUCCAGCUCAGGUGCUGCCUGUGGGUGAACAGGAGAACUACAGGUCAGCUUUUCUGCAGCACUCUUUGCCUUCCUCUGAGAGUGAAGAUGAUGAUGGCUUCGUAGAGCUGCUUGAUGACCAAGAUUUGAAGAACGAUGAGGAGCUGCCCUCUGACGUGUCGAGCCUGUGGACAGCACCGCUGGUGAUGAGGAGAGCAGAGAGCAGGGCCAAGCACUGCCGUCUCUUCGGCUCUUCCGCUCUGCCUGCUGCUGCAGGAAGAACCACCCAGAAAAGGAUGGAGAGAUCCCAGGAAGAGAACUCUCCAGGGAAAAGCAAGAAGAGGAAAAGCCUGCCUGGAGCACCUUCUGAGGACUCCAAGAGCUUGAAAGUGGUGAAGACAAAGUCCUCCACGGCAGAGAUUGAAAGCAUUUUGGACAGUGACCAGAGAGACCUUAUUGGGGACUUCUCCAAGGGUUAUUUAUUCCACACUGUCGAUGGGAAACAUCAAGAUUUAAAGUACAUUGACUCAGAAAUGAUUGUGUCUGUGCUGUCUGGGAAGUUUGCCAGCUCCAUCAAGACGUGUGUGAUCAUUGACUGUAGAUACCCCUAUGAGUACGAAGGAGGACACAUCAAGGGUGCUGUAAACCUGCACAUGGAGGAAGAUGUAGAAGACUUCUUGCUGAAGAAGCCAAUCCAGCCCUCGGGCAACAAGCGAGUGAUCGUCGUGUUCCACUGCGAGUUCUCCUCGGAGCGGGGCCCUCGCAUGUGCCGGUUUGUAAGGGAAAGGGACAGGCUGGGCAAUGAGUACCCCAACCUCCACUACCCGGAGCUGUACAUCCUGAAGGGUGGCUACAGGGACUUCUUCCUGCGCUGCCGUAGCUUCUGCGAGCCCCAGAGCUAUCGCCCCAUGCACCACGAGGACUUCAAAGAAGACUUGAAAAGGUUCCGCACCAAAAGCCGCACCUGGGCUGGCGAGAAGAGCAAAAGGGAACUCUACAGUCGCCUGAAGAAGCUCUGA